GUCUUUUUUCUUCGUGCGUGCAAGUUAUCGACAAAUUUCAACACACAAACAUUUCUUCGUAACUCGCAAGUAACAUUUUGUACAGUUGUACUAUGUUGUAACAACUCCAUUGUUGUUUUUAAGAUCUUAUAUAUAUAAGCAUACCCCUCUUUCAAACCUUGUUGUUUUCUCUUUACUUUCUACAUUUCUCUUUUCCUGAAAAAGUGAAAAAUAGUAACAAAAUCGAUUAUCACCUUCCAACGUUUCACAUUUUCAUCUGGGACGCGUUUUCUUCUCCAUUAAGCUUUCAAAGCAAUGGGAGGCUGUAUGAGUAAGACCCCUGAAACUCAGUCUGAUAUCAACCUUAAUGUUGAAAUGGCAACUGAACUGAGGUCAUAUGCGGCUGCCUGCAAGCAUGACGCAGAUUUGCAGUCAUUCGACAAUAACCUUCAAGCUCGAACAAAUCAGGUCAUAAAUUCUCUUGCAGUUGGAGUUGAAGUUCGAUCCCUUUCGUUUGAUUCCCUCAAACAAGUAACAGAAUGCCUUCUCGAGAUGAAUCAGGAAGUUGUGAAGGUAAUCUUAGACUGUAAGAAAGAUAUAUGGAAGAGUCAAGAACUGUUUGAGCUUGUUGAGGAGUACUUUGAUAAUAGCUUGAAGACUCUAGAUUUCUGCAAUGCUUUAGAGAAGUGUCUGAAGAGAGCCAGGGAUAGUCAAUUGCUUAUUGAUGUAGCUCUUCAAAAGUUUGAUGAGGAAACUGUGUCGGGAGACAAUUGCUACGUGAAGACGUUACAGGAGCUGAAGAGUUUUAAGGCUGUCGGUGAUCCUUUCACUGAAGAAUUCUUCCAAAUAUAUCAAUCUGUUUAUAAUCAGCAAGUACUCAUGCUUGAGAAAUUGAAACUCAGAAAAGGCAAGCUUGACAAGAAACUAAAACAAAUCCGUAUUUGGAGGAAGGUGUCGUUUAUCAUAUUUGUAGCCACAGUUGCUUCUGUUUUGAUCUGCUCAGUUGUAGCAGCAGCUGUUGCUUCUCCACAUGUUGCAGCUGCUGUAGCUGCUGUUACUGCUAUCCCAAUUGGUUCAAUGGGAAAGUGGAUCGACUCACUUAUGAAGAACUAUGAAAAUGCAUUGAAAGGUCAUAAGGAAGUAACUAUCUCAAUGGAAGUUGGAUCCUAUGUAGCUAUAAAGGAUUUGGACAAUAUCCGGGUUCUAGUUAAUCGACUUGAAGUUGAGAUCGAGUCUCUAAAAACGAAUGUGGGUUAUGCCAUUGAGGAAGAAGGAGCAGUGAAGGUUGCAAUAGAAGAAAUCAAGAAGAAGUUGGGAGUUUUUAUGAAGAAUGUCGAAGAUUUAGGAGCACAAGCUGAUACAUGUAGCCGUGACAUCAUAAGAGCAAGGACCGUGGUACUACAAAAAAUUGUUAAACUUCCCCACAAGUGAAGACACCGUUUUUCUGUAUUGUCAACCAGUAACUGUUAUUUUAUAAUUCAUUUAUUCCUGUUUCUUGUGAAAUUUCAUGAUUUUCAGUUAUGCAAACUUAGUUUUUUGUAGUAGUACAAUGCGCUAAUGUAAGAAGCUAAGACUUCUUUUCAUGACUCUAGGGUUAUAAUGUUUGUAACUAUAUUCGGUAAUGUAACUUCUAUUUGUGUUUACCUUCUUGUUUGUUGGUAAAAAAA